UGCCGCGCGGUGGCGGCGGCGGGGAGAGCAAUGGAGGCCGCGGCCGCCUGAGGGGCGGGUGCGCUGCUGGUGCUGCUGCGGAGGCUGCCGGUGCUGCCGGGCAGCAGCCGGCUUACUCGCGUCCGCCGCCCGCGCGGGACCGCCGGUCGCCGUCCAGUCGCUCUGCCAGCCGCGGCGCCACGCGGGGACUCAGGCGUUCUUGCGAUGGUUUUCCUGGUCCUGUAACCGUCAUUUCUUGCAGAGGUCUGUAGUGGUGAGAUUGGACCUCCUAACCCUACGGAUACGUGGGAAUUACUGCCAGUCUGUGUUUGGCUAAUGGUCAUAUCAGCUCCAAGCGUGAUGGUUGGGGAGCUCCCUGGACCCAGAGCCAAGGAAACGAUUGUUGUUUCACAAGAGCAGUGAUUCCCAGGUUUUCUCAGCAAUGUACUCCAUUUCCUGGCACACUUAACCACUGAUCUCCUUCUUACAAGAAGAAAAUUUUGGUGAAGAGUUACCCAGCAAGGAAAGGACGUGUGGCUGUUAAGAUAGACAAGAAGAAAGGAGGCAAAUUCCAGCCUUUUAAGAAGUUGUUCGGCAGAAGGAAAAAGAAAGACCCUUCGUCGUCCCAGGAGGCAUCUGCAGGGGAUAAGAGUCGCUCUCCCCGGAGAGUCAGCAAUGGGACCUUCUCUUCAGAUGAGGAGACCCUAGAAGACAACCUAAGGUCCUUCAACUAUUCUAUGGGAACCCGGGCAUUUUCCCAUGACAGUAUUUUUAUCCCUGAUGGGGGAGCAGAAAGUGAGCAGACAGUUCAAGCAAUGUCACAGGACAACAUCCUGGGCAAAGUCAAAGCUCUUCAGCGACAGUUGAGCAAAAACAUCAAGUUUGGGCGGCCACCACCCAGUGCCAUUCCCAUGAAGAAGGCAGACAGUGGUGAGGCCAGCUUAGAAGAGGAUCUGCUCCUGACCAGUCCCAUGGAGAUUGUGACUCACGAGGACGUCCCCCUCUCAGACACCGAGCACAAACCCAGUGACCCUCCAAGUUCUCAGAGUCCUCUGAAUCUGCCUGGAGCCAGAAGUGAGAUGGAAGACAAGGUGGCUCCUAUUAAACCAUCUCGGCCAAAAAGGCACUUGUCUUCUGCUGGAACCAUCGAAAGUGUCAACCUAGACGCCAUCCCCCUAGCCAUCGCUCGCCUGGACAACAGUGCCGCCAAGCACAAGCUGUCCGUAAAGCCAAAAAACCAGAGGGUGUCCAAGAAGCACCGGCGACUUGCCAGGGAUGGACCAAAUGAACAUGGUGGCCUUCCCUAUCAGCUCUCGCCGGACCAGAACGGACACUCGGGAGAAGACAAGCCAGUCUGGCAUGAAGAAGAGCCAGACCUGCUGGACUCUGAAGAAGAGAAGAGAUGCCAAGAGGAAUACUGGCUGGAACUUGAGGCCAAGUGCAAACGGCAGAAGGCCGAGGCAGCAGAGAGGAGACGUCUGGAAGAGCAGAGACUCCAUGCCCUGGAGAGGAGGCUCUGGGAGGAGAACAGAAAGCAGGAACUCUUGGAGGAGAAAGGAGAAGACGAGGAGGGAGAGGGGGCAGAACUACAGCUGGAGGCAGAAGAGAGGCAGCGCCAAGAGGAGAGGCAGAGACUGGAAGAGCAAGGUGGCCAAGGGCGGAGGGAUCAGGUGGACGGAAGGCACCUGGAGGCCCCAGAGCAGCUGCGCCUCCAGUGCCUUGCUCAGCAGGAAGAGCAGGUGGUGUGGAGCGGCAUGGAGGCUGAGACCCAGCAGCAGCUGCAGGAGGAGAGGCAGCUGAGGGAGCUCAGGAGGCAGGAGGAGCUGGAGGAGCAGCAGAGGCUCGAAGCCGAGAAGCAGCGACAGCGGGAGGAGGAGCAGCGGGAAAGGGAGGAGCAGCGGCGGUGGGAGGAGGAGCAGCAGGAAAGGGAGGUGCAGCGGCAGCUGGAAGAGGAGCAGCAGUGGCAAAGGGAGGAGCAGCUGCGUCUGGAAGAGGAGCAGCGGCGGGAGGAAGAGCAGCGGCAGCUAGAAGAGGAGCAGCGACAGCUAGAAGAGGAACAGCGGCGGCCGGAGGAGGAGGAGGAGCAGCGAGAACGGGAGGAGAAGCGGCUGGAGGCAGAGGCAGCUGCCAGGAGGAGGGCAGAGCUGGGAAAGCGGGAGCAAGUGGAGGCCCUGAGGAGGCCGGAAGGGGAGCAUCGGGAAGCCGGGAGAGUGCACGAUGAGAAGUGGCAGCAGCUGGACGAAAAAAGGGGCCUGAGGAGUCCAAAGAUGGACUUUGCAGAGAAACCCCGGAAACGAGAGCACCUGCUGCCCGAGAAGCAAAGCGAAAGCUCCGAGGAAUCUAAGAUUGGCGAGAAGCAGAGUCAGGAGGCCGCGCCAGCAGGAGAGCAGCAGGGACAGCGCGGGGACGGUCUGGAGCCUGACCGUCGUGCGCGUCAGGAAGAGAGACCAGAAACUAGCGCGCAGCCUCCCCAGAAACAAGAGGCGCAAGUGGAAGAGACUCCCGGGGAGAAGAAGGAAGCCGCUGCUCCAGAAAAAGACAGAAAGGGGGAGGAGCUCCGGUGGCAGGAAGUGGACGAGAGGCAGAGCAUGCCAAGGCCCUACACUUUCCAGGUGUCAUCGGGAGGGAAACAGAUUCUCUUCCCCAAAGUCAAUUUGAGCCCGGUGACACCCGCGAGAGAUGCGGGACUUGCCUCUGCUCCCCACACGCCGAAGACCCCGCGAGCCGGCGCGACCUCCCACGCCCUGCCCUCCUCCCUGAGUGUCCCCCACACAGCCAUUCUGGUCACGGGAGCGCAGCUCUGCGGCCCGGCGGUCAACCUGAGCCAGAUCAAGGACACGGCAUGCAAGUCCCUCCUGGGCUUGUCGGAAGAAAAGAAGCACGUUGACGUCCCUGCCCUGGAGAACCCUCCCCGAGCGCCUGUCGACCCCCGGGCAGGCAGCGGGAAGGUCAGGGCCGCCCAGGAGUCUCCGAGCAGUGCGGCCGCCCUCGCCGAAUGGGCGUCCAUUCGGUCCAGGAUCCUGAAGAACGCGGAGGGCGAGCAGCCUCGGCCCGGUGACGAGCACCCUCCCCGGGCCCGCAGUGAUUCCCGCGGGAACCUCCGGAGGACCCCCCCAGUAAAUGCCAAGUUCUCUAUUAUGCCCGCUUGGCAGAAAUUCUCUGACGGUGGCACCGAGACCUCCAAACAGAACACAGAAGCGGAGAGCAUGAGAAAAAGACCCUCGCUGGGACCCGGGGCGCCCCAGUCCCUGGCUACUAACGAGCUCCCCAAGGGUGCAGAGAAACCAGGGCCAGCAGACACCACGGAGGGGUGCAAAUUUGCCAAAGACCUCCCGUCUUUCCUUGUCCCCAGCCCUGCUUACCCGCCGCAGAAGGCAGUGGCCCAUGCGGAGCCCGGGGCCACUUCGGACGCUGAGACCAGCAGCGGGAGAGGGAAGCCAGACCCCUCGAUGCCCGGCCAGGAGGAAAAAGCCUCACCGUUUGGCAUAAAACUGAGAAGGACCAACUACUCCUUGCGCUUCCACUGCGACCAGCAGACGGAACAGAAGAAGAAGAAGAGGCACAGCAGCACGGGGGACAGCGCGGACGGCGGCCCCCCGGCCCCCGGGGGCACCAGGGGAGAGAAGGAGCCCGAAGCCGCGGCCGCCAAGCCGGGCCCGUCCCUGCCCCCUGAGAGGAAGCCCGGCCUGUCCGCCUGGAAGGACUCGGCCGGAAGGGCCCCCCCUUCUCCCGCCGCCGCCCCGGGGCCCCCACCGGCCGCGGAGCAGGACCGCGCGGCCCACAGAACGCCGCUGGCACCGAAGCCCGCGCUGGCCCCCAAGCCUGCGGGUCAGACGCCGCCCCCGUCGCCGCUCUCCAAGCUGAGCAGGCCCUACCUGGUGGAGCUGCUGGCCCGCCGGGCGGGGAGGCCGGACCCGGAGCCCGGCGAGCCGGCCAGGGAGCCCCAGCAGAGCAGGGAGCCCCGGCCGCCGUCGCCGCCGCCGCCCCCGGAGCCGAGGAGGGCGCCGCCGAGGGACGAGCAGGAGGCAGUGGAGCCCGAGCGCAGACCCGCUUCCCCGGCUCCGCCGGCCCCCCGGCCCGAGAAGCCCUGCCCGACCCCCGAGCCCGGGAGGAGAGAAAAGCCGGUUCUUCAGAGCAGGCACUCUCUGGAUGGCUCCAAAGUCGCGGAGAAGGCGGACACCACGCAGCCGCUGUGGAUAACGUUGGCGCUGCAGAAGCAGAAGGGCUUUCGGGAGCAGCAGGCGACGCGGGAGGAGAAGAAGCAAGCCCGGGAGGCCAAGCAGGCAGAAAAGCUCUCCAGAGAGAACGUCGGCGGCGGCCUGCAGCCCGGAGGCGGCGGCGGCAGGGCCGGGUCUCCGCACAAGGCCCGCGCCCCGCCGGAGGAGAAGCAGCCCGAGACGGCCGCGUCCAGGCUUGAGCGCAGGGAGCAGCUGAAAAAGGCCAACACGCUUCCUACAUCUGUGACAGUGGAGACCUCGGGUCCCGCGCCCCCCGCGCCGCUGGUGAAGGAAGCCACAAAGAGGUUCUCAACCCCGGAUGCCGCCCCUGUGUCAACAGAACCAGCCUGGCUGGCUUUGGCCAAAAGGAAAGCCAAGGCCUGGAGCGACUGUCCGCAGAUCAUUAAGUAGAGUGACUUUCAUCCACUCCUACCGCCAGCUCUUGGCUCCUCUCUUGCCCGUGUUAUUUAUUUUUUAUAGGAGGUGAAGACGCCACACGAGGGAAAAGCAGCAUGUGUUACAGGCUCUAAAAUCAUGUGCAGAAACUGUAAAGACUGUAUUUGCACAAUCCUAGGUCCUGGUGCCUGGGGCUCCUCCUUGUUCUCAAGAGAAAAUUCCAUCCGAGGGACCACGUGGAGCAGAAUCUCCAAACUAAGAUUUUGUCACAAGAGCCUACUAGGCCCCUUCCACACGUACACAUGCACACACCAUUUAGAACAGGACUUUUGCCAAUCUUUUAAAUGAUUUUUUGGGUCUCCAACUUCUUUAAUCUGGAACAUUUACCCUACCAUGUUUGGUGGUUUCUUUUCUUUUCUACAAUCAUGGUGAAAGAAAGGGUCAUACAGACAGAAACAAGAUGCCCGUUCUCCCGAGUGCAUUGAGUACCUGGGAAUCCUAACAGUCUGGCUGCCGUCUCUCCCCUUGUCUGCUUGUCUGACUUCCCUCCUCAUCUGAAACCGUAACACAGUGAAUCUCCUCACCCUUCCGCCGCACUGAUGUCCCAUAGGUCCUGUCAUACUAGUGCUCUCCGUAAAGACGUGUUAAACAUUUGGCCCAUGUGGCUCCGAGGGAACAUUUUUAUUUAGGGUCAUGAAGAAAGGAAGCGACAGAUUGUCUUCCCAGCUCUGAGAAUCUCCCCCAGUGCAGUGGUUAAGACGUCCAGGUCCGCCUCCUGCCUUCCGAAUUAGAGCCUGUGAGUCUGGGCCGGGAAGGUCUAUCAGACGAAUUCUGACACAUCCCAAAGGAGUACUGUGGGAUACACUGCUUCCAGGGUAAUCCAGCUUUUAAAACUCUGAAGGGGAGGCUCAUUUUACCCACAUAAGUGAGAGGAAAAAUAAAAACCCCCCACGCCAGACUUCUACUAUAAGAUAGGAGAAGCUACUGGCAUUGAAGGUCUCUGAAUAUCCCUUAGGUCUUUAGGGAGAAUUUAACAGGAAGACAAGACUUGGAGCCUUUGUACUGAGGACUUCUGUGGAAGUUUCUUCACCAUAGUCGAGUGCUUCAUAUUCAGAGUCAGAUGUUCAACAGCAUUUGCAAUUUUGAGCAUUCACCUUGGUACCUUUAAAAACCAUCUCCAAGUCUUAAGUGGCCUUGCUGCUAUCCACACACGUGGUCCAAAGAAGGGACGUGGCAGUUCAAAAGCAUGAGGCAUAGACCCACCAGCAAACCCACACAUCGCCAACACGGACGUUACAGCGCACAGGGGUGGCACAUUCUCCUUGGCUGAAACCGUACCCCACAGUAGAAGUACACCUCUCUCGCCCAGUGCAUGGGGAACUGCAUUCCUUUUUCCCCUCUUGCAAAAACACAUUUUACCAUUAUUCAUCAUUUUACUCUACGUAGAGCUCAUUUGACUGGCAACGUAUCGUUGCUGUCACUCACUAUAUAGAAGGCAUCUUCUUUCUGGAAACGAUGGCUCAGCCCCAUGGUUAGCAGUGGGCAGGUGUGGUCAAGUGGACAGUUGUACCCUUGCAAGUUGGCUUUAUUGUUCUAUAGACCGGACCUUCCAUCUGUUAAGAAUCAGUGUAACUAAUUUUCUUUUAUUCCUGUGGGAAGCAAUUCAUAUCCCGCUGCAUGUUUUCCACACCGAUGUUCAUUUCUAAAUCAAACGUGGCGGCAUUUGUUCAUUCUCAGUGGUGUCACUACUGACAGAACACACUUUUUAAUGGGAGUCUUUCCACUAGAGCCCUGGUCUACAGCGCGACGAGAAUCCUUCUGAACUUUUCCUCUCAUCCCGCCAGCUCUGGAUGACACCGCAGUGAGGGCAGAGAACGGGGAAGCAGUCGGGUCACUGACGAAGGAUCCUAGAUGAGCCACUGCUGCUGGCGCACACAGCACCGAGCACACACAAAGUAGGAGAAAAUACCUCAGUUACAAAGUUUCUCUUCAAGUCUUCAAAAGGAAAAGGGUACACUGAGGACAGGAUAGUCACAGCACUUACUUCCAGCAACUUCUAAAGGGUCCAUGUUUAAUAUUUCAUGUAAAAUGGCUCCAAAUUUGCACUAAAUACCAAUGAAGUGUUAUUUUGCUUUAGUUGUGUUGCAGUCUUUUCUGAUCAACAAACUAUGGGGGAAAUUCUGU